AGUGAGCCUGUGUAACACUUGGCGCGAUUUGACGCGUCUACAGCAACGUGGAUAAACUGGACUUUGGCGUCGCAAAGGAGGGAAGUUGAGUCGGCUGCUGUACUUCAAGUUGCCCCCGUUUCAACACAGACGGUCUGUGCAUCGGGGCAGCCGGUCAACAUGACUGACCUGGUGGUUUCCUUGGCGGUGUUGGUGGCCGCGGUGCUCGUAAGCGAAGCGAUCCGCCGCACAUCUGCGCGGUUCUUCUCUGGAGAAUACUGGAUUUACCUGUUGGAGGCGGCAUCCACCUUCCAGCUCUGCUGCUGCACUCAUGAACUCAAGCUUCUGGGAGAAACGGCCGAGGUGGGGCUGGCGAUCGGCCUGACCCUCACCUACACAAUGACGGUCAUCCACCUGACAACUUUCCGUGGAGCGACGUGUAAUCCCAGCGGGGCGCUGGAGAGCGUCUGCCGCGGGACCAGCAGCGUCCGGGCAGCUGCUGGACUCAUUGCUAGCCAGUUCGGAGCGGCGGUCGCGGCGCAGUAUUUCGCAGCCUCUGUGUGGACGCUGGGUCUGUCCGACGUCCACGUCAGACACCAGAGGUUCGGGUUCAGAUGCUUUGACCCCCUUGGUGGGACUUUAUUGGAGGCCGCGGCCGUGGAGCUGGCCUGCACCUUCACUGUCCAGGCUGUGGCCAUGCACGCUCACAAAGUGGACGAGAAGCUCCGCGUUCACUGCUUCGCUGCGGUCAUCACCACCCUGGUCUUCACAGGUGGAAGAAUCUCUGGAGCUGUUUUCAACCCAGUGCUAGCCUUCUCGGUCCAGUUCCCCUGCAGUGGCCAUACUUACCUGGAGUACUGCUUCGUGUACUGGCUGGGACCGAUCCUGGGUAUGGCGAGUUGCAUCCUGCUGUUUGAGAAGGUCAUCCCUUUCCUCUGUGGAAAGAGUACCAUCGGACUGGAUGCCCCCGCUGCCCCGAAACAGAAGACACAAUAGCGGUAACACAAGGACACACUAAGUCACUCUUCCAGUAGUUUGAGGGUGCUUUAAAGCCUUUUUCCCACGUGUCUCCAAAAGUGCCAAAGCCUGGAUGGUGAAUUUGAUCAGACUCUGAAUGAAGCACAUGAUGUUUAUUGCAUUACUGGUUUAAGUCCUGAAGUUAUUUAGUGACAGUAAACACAGAAGACAAACACACGAAACAAAAACACCCGUGGAUACAACUGGAUGAACAAUACUUUUAAUUCAAACUUCUAAGCAUUAUAAUAAGAAGCUAUUUGUACGUUCGCUUGUAAAGUACCAGAAAAUACAGGGACAAACUGUAUUGUAAAUUGGGGGGCUGUUUUUGUACUUUAUAGCACAGAGUUUUAGGACUUCCAAGAAUAUCUGGAAUAAACCAAAGAAACUACAAACAAAUACACUUGUGCUCAUAAAUUUACAAACCCUGGCAGAAUGUAUGGUUUCUUGGGUAGUUUUUGUUGACUUUAUGAUAUAAAAAGAGUAAACACAGUUGUUUGAUACAAAUUUUGCUUCACCCAACCACUAACCAUGAGUGAAAAAAAUGUUUUUCUCUCAUCAUUCAUAUUCACUGAAAAUGGCCAAAAAAAAUGACAAAUUCUGCCAGUGUAUGUAAACUCAUGAGCACAACUGUAUCUCUCAAUGAAAGCUGCUGCUAAAACACUACAUAACUUAAUGAUUGAAGAGCUUAUAAUGCAACAUUAAUUAUCUAAUGUACUAAUGUAAUAACAGUCUGUAAUGGAAACUAUCAUAUUUAAUGUGAGUCACUUUAAGCAAUAGCAACACUAAGGUCAAAGUAUUUGGAGCUUUAUCUCAGAGCUUCAGGACUUUGGCUCGGUGCGUCUCACUCUGGUAGCGACACUAACUCCAACGAUCUCAAUCAGCUAAGAGACGAGUAAGUUCUGUGGUGCUCUCAAUCUGCGAGUGUUGAUCCAUUUAUAAUAUUUUUAUCUGUUUUAACAAGCACAUAUUUAUGAAAACACACUAAGUAUAAUAUUCAUGCCCCUGUCUACAGUACUUCUCCAGCUGGCUUCGGGGUACACGUUUUGAAUAUGACACCAUUAGGGCCUGUGUACACUAGCACUGUUCUUGUACUGGAGGCAUUUGCUGUUUAUUGACAGAACAGGAUUUGGGCUACUGAAAAACAUUAUUGGAAGUUACUGUUUUUCUCAGAAUUUUCACUUUUUUUCAGAAAUCAGAAUUCUGAGUAAAAAAAGUCAUAAUAAAAAAAAAAUGAGACCAAGAAUAAUAAGAUUCAGCUGUCCUGAUCCUCCUCUGUAUCAGUUCAAACCGAAUCUUUAAGUGCAGCUCUAGUAUUUUCAGCACUCAGUGUCCUUAGCGCAAAAAAAGCCUCUCAGCUUCAGGUUGGUUUUUUUUGCUGCGCUCUGGAACACUAAUGCACCCGUCAAUGUCACUUCUUGAUCACUGACCAAUCAGAAUCAGGAGUAGACAGGGCUUCUGAUAUCAGCUUGGUCAAUAACGAUGGCCGAGGUCCUUGCUGAGGAGAAAACUGACCACACUUAAUGUACAAUUCUUGCUUCAAAUUCUACAACAGGAUUUCUAUCAACUGUUUUCGUAUUGUCUCUUAAAUUGUCAGUGAAUGAAAGCAAACAUGAAGCAUACAGAGCAUUUUAAACAAACUUAAUAGGCACUGUUAAGGGAAGCAGAAAUGCCCCAGGACAAAUUUUGUGACCUUGCAAAAAUAAGUGGAAGUGAGAAGUGCUCUGAAAUUUAGGUUGUGGAUGCUACAAGCACCAAAAUGCUGUAAGUGGACACAGGCCCUUAUUCAGCAUCCAGUGCUGCUCAUUGUUAAGCUCACUGUAUAGCACACUACAUAGAAUUCACCAGGUUGGGAGUAUGGAGUAAUGAAUUUGGGCACCAGUGGACACAGCCAGCGUUUUACCUGGAGGACUCAUUUAGCUUUUUGGAGGACACAUUGUGCUCUUAAGUUUCUGUCACACUCUGUAAUCAGAAAUGAUUUAGUCUAGCUUGCUAACAGUAGUGCUGCCUGCCACUAGACUAGAGUUUUCUCCUGUAAGCAUCAGAAAGUUUAGUGUUUCAGUUCAGGUUGUGAUUUGAAGCUCAUGAAGUCAGUAUAGUACUGAUUUCAGAACUUGCGUCAGAAGUCAUCCUUCCUUUUGCAGCCGAUUUACCAAACAGACGUGAUGCAAACCUUUAUUUUCUCGUGUGACUUUGACAUCCUUGGGUUGAUACCCUCUUCCAUUGUAUCUUAACGCACAAAAUCACUAAUAUAAAAGAAAUGAUGCUCCUUACAUCUCUAGAACUCACUAAAGAAUGACCUUGUUUUUGAUUUUUUUUUAUUGUGUCAAACUAAUCUUGUGAUAGUUUUCUGUAUAAACAUGUAAGCAUUGCAAAAACAAACUCAUCAGUUAAUUCAGCACAAUCUUAGCUGUGCCAAUUUGAUGAGAUGAAAAGAAGUAUGAGCCAAAAACCAGGGACACAGCUAAGUCAGUGACACUAAUCAUCUUCAGGAGGCUCCUCGAGAUAGUAAACAACAUGCAGACAGUUAUCAGUGUGACAUGUGAUAAAGCAACUUUAAAUUACAAUACGCUCUUUAUAAUUUAACUCCAAAGGUGGCUCUUCAGCUGAAUCUAAGGUUUGGUGAAACUGCACACUAGUUUGCUGGUUUGUUCUGUUUUAGUUGAUGUAACAUGGGUGAGUUUUGCACACGCAUUGUCGAAGCACUACAUGUUCAAAUGUUUAUAAUCGCACAAAAAGACGAGACAGUUCGGGGUAAGGUGGAUUUUCAUCCUUGACACUGUGAUUCUGUUGAGUUUUUGCCUUUUUUCUCCAAAGUUUUGACGACCAAAGCUUCUGUUGUUUGUUGAAACUUCACGUUUCCUGCAUAAGCCAUGUCUACUGUUGUUUUGUGGAGCUCAUAAUGUAGUCUGUCCAAAGUGAAAUAGUGUCAUAUUUUCUGGGUUACU